AUGGCCGAUCAAGGCGCCGGCGGGCACAUAUCGCAACACUCAAGAUCCGAAUCUCAGAAUGAGACCGCGCCAGCAGAAAGAUUAGUGGACACAAUAAGUACUACGUCGACCGAUCCGGAGGACCAUGUACUACAACACCCUCGAUCAGAGUCCGAAACAUCCCAAACGUCAAAUACAUCUGUUUCUUCGGCUCCAUCGGUGGCAUCAUGUCCAUUAAUCCAGUCCGAGAACAUUCCGGCUCGUCAAUUCGCUCCCACGAGGACGCCCGAACCUAGGAGUCACAUUUCUCACCCACCUCGACCGCUCGAACCACCUGUGACCAAGGCAACGUUGAGCGAGUUGGACGUAACCAAGAUCAUACACAAUCCUAAACUUCGACAUGACAUAAAUUUCGACCCGGAACUUCAUUUCCGACCGAACCUCGACGGGGACAAAGGGCGAAGAAAGCAGGAGAAGGCAAACCAGUUCUGGACGACGCUGCGUGACCAGCUCACUUCAUUUGUGGUAGAUCGGGAAGCGUUCAGCAGGGAGUACCCCACCGGCACCGACUGGUGCUUGCCGAUUCUAUUAAAGUCCGUCAAGGAAAUCAUACAGACUCUGGUACCGCAGCGAGACCGUGAAUUCCUUCACGAGGGUUUCAACGUGGAGCUCCUGAUGCAACAAUUUCAUCAGGGCAUGGCAGAUUUGGAAAAGGUGGCUUCCUGGCUGUCAGGUGUCCUCAAGCUUCAUUGCGCCCCCAUGCGUGAUGAGUGGGUGGACGAGAUGUACAACGAGCUCUCCAACGGCAACCGCAACAACGACAUGGCUGAGCUUGUGAAGGGUAUGCGAAGUCUACUCAGCGUCCUCGAGGCGAUGAAGUUGGACGUUGCAAACCACCAGAUACGUUGCCUCAGGCCGAUGCUCAUUGAAGACACUGUGCACUUCGAGCAGCGAUUCUUUUACAAAAAAAUCGCCGCGAAUAGAUUGGACAUCAGUGGAGCACGGUUGUGGUACGCGGAGGCGUUGCGGUGUAACUCGGGAGCGCCUCAAGACACCCGAAGUUUUGGGGAGACGGCUGCAUUCUUCGCGGCUUUGGCGAAAUUGAUCCUACCCUCGACAGCUAAGGAGACUAUUCCAAACACCUUCCUGUUUGAUGAAGAGCGCAUAGUCAAGCUUCGUUCUGAUAUGCUCGACGCCAUCAAUCUGGAGGUUUGUAUGAGGUUGUACGACGAUCUAGACCGUGUGUCGAGAAUCACUUCUGUGACGCCGUCCUUUGUGCAACCUCCAACCUCGGUUCCAUCAUAUGUGGCGGAUGAAGAAUCUGGGGUGCAUAGCAACAGGAACUCGGGCGACUUCAGCUUCCUUAACACAUCGACAUCCCGGCCUUCCAGUCUUGCCCUAUCGGCUUGCGGCUCCGCUACUUCAUCACCCCGAAGCUCUGGCUACAUCACUCUCCAGCCGCCCUCGUCAGCCGACACCACCGAGUCAAAAACUGACAAAGACAAUACUGUCUACGACUCGCUGGUUGCCCUGCUGAACACGGCUCCGCAGAACCAAAGACCCCAGCAGCGGUGGCAAGGCUUGGUUCCCUCGUUAGCGAUUCAAAUCUUCCGGUAUACGAACGCUCCACACGACUUUCUGCCGCGAUUCGAGGCCAAGCUUGCUCAGCAUCUUGGCGAGAUGAACAGCGAUCUAUAUCAAGCUGUUGAGGCUGCGUUCCACCGCAGGAUCAUGAGGUCACUCAGCGGACGAGUAAAGGAAUUCAGAAGCCUCAGUGGCGUUGCCCUUUUCUCUGUCGCCACCGGUGGGCGGAUGGGAAGCUCGGGAUCAUCACGAGGGCAAGACGGCAGCUGUGACCCGAGUUCCGAGGCGGGACAGUCAUCGAGGGAAGAUGGAGCCUUGCAGGAGCUCGUGGAGGACAUGGCCGUCCGGCUUGCCCACCUGGGCAUCCUGCAUUGGAGGGUCUGGGCCCAGCUUGCAUACUUGGAAGAAGACCCGGACGAGAUGGACAUUGAGUAA